GAUAUAAACGGCGUGGCAGCCAAUGAGAAGCACGAUGGAAAUGGCACGCCCGCACCGCAGUCCUACGACAUCGAUCCAGUCUUGGGUGUUCGUUCGCUCUCCUACUGGCACAAACUCAUCAGUCUCAUCGUCUCCGUCAUCGAGGACGACAAGAAGCACUACGCGCCGGUGCUCAAUCACCAGCGGAAGAAGGCCAAUUUGCAGCUCUUUCCGUGGAUACACACUGUACGUAGCUCUAGAAAUCGCCUAACUCAUCUGCCUGCCUGCUCUUGCCACAGAUUCCCACAAGACGUCAACCUAGGCGACAUGUCCGCGGAGAUGAUGUGGACCUUCCUGUCGGAGGACCUUUCCGUCGGCCUGCUGCAACACUACGAAGCCGUUCGCAUGCUGACCAGUCCGGAGCCAAACCCCCGCAGCAGCAAUGCCAUGGAUGCCCAGCCAGAGCAGACGGAGAUCACCACCCGGCUGUCGCAGUUGCGGAUCAAGACCUCCGACUACCUGAACCUCUGUUUCCGCAUCAAGUGGUUCUACAACACCUACGUGCGUCCGGUGCUGGGGACGGAGAAGACAGAUCCGGCCUACCCCAGGUGGGUGUUCGAGGCGGCUUUCUUUCCCAGUAGUCUAGUCUAG